AUGGAAUGGCCAAAUGUAAAGCAAAAUGCAGCUUUUCUGUCAAUACAUUGUUUUAUUAUUCUGCAGCAAAAAGCUCCUGGAAAAGAAUUGUUCAAUAUGAGCUGCAGUCAUUUGAACCUGACCGAGAAAGAAUACUUUGGCUUGGAAUUCAAGAAUAACAACGGCUACCAAGUUUGGCUGGGACUUCUGAAACCAAUAACCAAGCAGGUAAAAAACCCUAAAGAAACAAUAUUCAAAUUCAUGGUGAAAUUCUUCCCGGUGGACCCCGGGCAGCUGCGGGGAGAGUUGACCAGGUAUCUCUUCGCUCUUCAAAUUAAAAAGGAUUUAGCCUCUGGGAAAUUACCUUGUAAUGAUAACAGUAGUGCCCUAAUGAUGUCUUACAUACUUCAGGCUGAGUUGGGUGAUUAUGAGGAAGAGACAGCUAGAAAACAUGUGGAACAGAAUCAAUACCUACCAAAUCAGGAAUAUCUGGACAACAAGAUCCUCAAGUAUUACCAGCGCCAUGUGGGAAAAUCUCCAGCAGAAUCGGAUAUGCAGCUACUGGACAUCGCACGGAAGUUGGACAUGUAUGGCAUACGACCUCAUCAGGCUAUUGAUGGAGAGAAUAUGCAGAUCACCCUUGCGGUGGCUCAUUUGGGUGUUCUGGUUUUACGGGGAAACACCAAGAUUAAUACCUUUAACUGGGCCACUAUUAGGAAGCUGAGCUUCAAAAGGAAAAAUUUCCUGAUCAAACUUCAUCCACAUAUUGAUACCUUGUGUAAAGACACCUUAGAGUUCACUAUGGUAAGUCGAGAUGCCUGUAAAGCUUUUUGGAAGACUUGUGUUGAGUAUCAUGCCUUCUUCCGUCUAUCUGAAGAACCCAAAUGUAAGCCCAAACCAUUCCUCUGUAGUAAAGGCUCAAACUUCAGAUACAGUGGGAGAACCCAAAUACAGUUGUUUGAUUCCUGGACUAAAGGCAAGGCGAAGAAUCUUCCCUUUGAGAGAAAACACUUACAGGCAAACCUCCAUGAAAGACAAUGCAGAUCUUCCCCCGACCUCCUGACUGAAGUGGCAAAACAGCCCAAUGACUUGCGUCUGGUAUACACCAGCAGACCUUGCUCUAGAAGUGUCAACAGUGUGGGCUGGGACCCAUUUGGAGAUAGGAAUCGAAGGAACUCGGCCAUUGAAGUCAUUUUUACAUCAGAGAUGGCACACUCCAAACCAGAGGAGGUAGAGCAAAUUUCAUUGCAGCAAUCAAAAAGCAGUUCUUCCUUCCCUGGGUAUAGCUAUGGUGACAUGGCUAGUGGGAUGUCUCGACAGUGUUCACACAGGAGACCAUUGUCUUGCUAUGAGGAAAGUAACAAUUUUUCUGGCAAUCGCAAAAGUUCUUCUGAAGGCAGCAUGAGGGAGACCAUUCCUGCAUCACCAAGGACAUAUAUUGAAAUGGGUACUGGGUCCUCUUCAGCAAGACAGAAGUUCAACAAAGGUCCGCCCAACAUAUACUGCUAUACAGAUGGCAUAUCGCCAAUACCAGCACAAACUUCAGCUGUGGUUGAGGAAAUUAUACGACUUACCAGUCAAUCUAAGCUUUUUACAGGGCACUUAGCAAACAGAAGUCCAAGUGACAGAAGGUAUCAACCAGUUUACCCACGGACCAGUUGCAAAAGUAGUUCAGGCAUGGGAUCCCAGGUAGAUACUCAAAUGACAAGCGUGGAAGAUAAUCAAGAACCUUAUCCUAAGAGAUCUUUGAGUCAUUCAGAUGUGAAAUCAGAAUGUUUCCCUCAUGGUUCAGAAUUCAGACCUCUAGGUCUUUACCCUAUACUAACCAGAACAUCUAGUGUCUCAAGGAGCCCACUACCUCAUCAGCUUGCUCCAUUACCACUUCCACCGCCACCGUUACCACCACCACCACCUCCUCCUCCAUCAACCUCAAAGAAAGGUCCACAAGUCACAGAAAGAUAUGUAUACAGUGGGACUGAAUCGAGUGACUCUGAAUCAGAGAUCAUAAAUCCCUAUUACUAUGCUGUAUUUGGGAAAAAUGUAAGACAUCCCAUGGCAAGAGUUAGAUUGUCCUCAGGUAGUCUCCAGUUAGAAGAAGAGGAGGAGGUCCCUUUAAAUAUUUGUGCAUGGGAAAGCAGGAAUCCUAAACCAGAGUGGAAACAUUUCCACACUUAAAGGGUAUGUCCACCUUUAAACACCAUUUUACAACUUCGUAUAUAAUCUAUUAAAAAGUUAAGCCAUUCAUUUAUCUAGUUGUGCUGCUCCCUGAAAACUGUGAUAGCACAUUUGAUA